UCCCACAAACCCGGAAGCGGAUCGCGUGGAGUGAAGGUCACGCCGCGGCGCGAUUGACUUCUAAAGAGUCAUGCUGUGUGAUGAAAAAGCCCAGAAGAGAAGAAAGAGGAAAGCAAAGAAGUCAGGGAUGGCUCUUCCUCAGGGACACUUGACAUUCAGGGAUGUUGCCAUAGAAUUCUCUCAGGCGGAGUGGAAAUGCCUGGACCCUUCACAGAGGGCUUUAUACAAAGAUGUGAUGUUGGAGAACUACAGGAACCUGGUCUCCCUGGGAAUCUCUCUUCCUGACCUGAAUAUUAACUCCAUGUUGGAGCAAAGGAGGGAGCCCUGGUCUGGUGAGAGUGAAGUGAAAAUAGCAAAAAAUUCAGACGAGAGGGAGCGCAUCCAAGGUGUGAACACAGGGAGCAGCUAUGCAUUGGGAAGCAAUGCAGAAGACAAACCAAUUAAAAAACAACUUGGAGUAUCCUUUCACUUACAUCUGUCUGAACUGGAGCUAUUUCCAGAUGAAAGGGUAAUAAAUGGAUGUAAUCAAGUUGAAAACGUUAUCAACCACAGUUCCUCUGUUUCCUCUCUUCAAGAAAUUUCUUCCAGUGUCAAAACCCCCAUUUUUAAUAGGAAUGAUUUUGAUGAUUCUUCAUUUCUCCCACAAGAACAGAAAGUACACAUUAGAGAAAAACCUUAUGAAUGUAAUGAGCAUAGCAAAGUCUUUAGAGUGUCUUCCAGCCUUUCUAAACAUCAAGUAAUCCAUACUGUAGAGAAACCUUACAAGUGUAAUGAGUGUGGCAAGGUCUUUAGUCGCAAUUCACACCUUGCAGAACAUUGGAGAAUUCAUACUGGAGAGAAACCUUACAAAUGUAAUGACUGUGGCAAGGUUUUUAGUUACAAUUCAAACUUUGCACGACAUCAAAGAAUUCAUACCAGAGAGAAGCCGUAUGAAUGUAAUGAAUGUGGUAAAGUCUUCAGUAAUAAUUCUUACCUUGCACGACAUCAAAGAAUUCAUGCUGAAGAGAAACCUUACAAAUGUAAUGAAUGUGGUAAGGGCUUCAGUCAUAAGUCAUCUCUAGCAAAUCACUGGAGAAUUUAUACUGGAGAGAAGCCUUACAAAUGUGAUGAAUGUGGCAAGGCCUUCUAUAGGAUUGCGCUCCUUGUACGACAUCAGAAAAUUCAUACUGGAGAGAAACCUUACAAAUGUAACGAAUGUGGAAAGGUCUUUAUUCAGAAUUCACACCUAGCACAACAUUGGAGAAUUCAUACAGGAGAGAAACCUUACAAAUGUAAUGAAUGUGGAAAAGUAUUUAAUCAACUUUCAAAUCUUGCACGACAUCGAAGAAUUCAUACUGGAGAGAAGCCUUACAAAUGUAAUGAAUGUGGUAAAGCAUUUAGUGAGUAUUCAGGCCUUUCAGCCCAUCUUGUAAUCCACACUGGAGAGAAGCCUUACAAAUGUAAUGAAUGUGGCAAGGCAUUCAGACACAAGUUAUCCCUAACCAAUCAUCAGAGAAUCCAUACUGGAGAAAGACCUUAUAAAUGUAAUGAAUGUGGCAAGGUCUUCAAUCGAAUUGCACACCUUGCACGACAUCGGAAAAUUCAUACUGGAGAGAAACCUUACAAAUGUAAUGAGUGUGGCAAGGCUUUUAGUCGCAUUUCAUACCUAGCACAACAUUGGACAAUUCAUAUGGGAUAGAAACUACAAAGACAACAAAUGUGUCAAAGAAUUUAGUGUGGACUCAAGCCUUACUACCCAUCUUUUAUUCCAUACUGCAAAGAAAUUUUGCGAAUGUAAAGAAUAUGACAAGGUCUUCAAACACAAGUUUUUCUAAUAAUUCACUAGAGAAUUUAUACUGGAGAGACUUCACAAUUAUAAUGAAUGUGUGGAAUAGUCUUCAACAAAAUUUCACACCUUGCAAAAGGAAAUCUAAAAAAACACAAUCAGAAAUGGCAAAGGGGACAUUACCACCAACCCCAUAGAAAUACAAAAAACCCUCAAAGAUUACUAUAAACACCUGUAUGCACACAAACUAGAAAACCUAGAAAAAAUUAAUAAAUUCCAUGAAAGAUAUAACCCCCCAAGAUUGAACCAAAAAGAAAUUGCAUCCCUGACAGACCAAUAAUGAGUUCCAAAAUUUAAUCAGUAAUUAAAAACCUAUCAAACAAAAAAGCUCUGGACCAGACAGAUUUAUAGCUGAAUCCUACGAGAUGUAUAAAGAAAAGCUGUUACCAAUCUUACUGAAACUGUUCAAAAACAUGGAUGCAGAGGGACUCCUCCCUAUCUGAUACUAUGAGGCCAGCAUCAUUCUAAUACCAAAACCUGACAGACACAAUGAAAAAAGAAAACUUCAGGCUGGUAUUCCUGACGAAUAUAGGUGCAAAAAUCCUCAGCAAAAUACUAGUAAACCAGAUCCAUCUGCACAUCAAAAAGCUAGUCCAACAUGAUCAAGCAGGCUUUAGUGUUGGGCUGCAAGGUUGGUUCAGUAUACACAAAUCAAGAAAUGUGAUUUAUCACAUACACAGAACUAAAAACAAAAACCAUGACCAUGAUCAUCUCUUUAGAUGCAGAAAUGUUUUUAAUAAAAUUCAACAUCCUUUCAUGUUAAAAACCCUCAACAAAUUACACAUUGAAGGAACAUACUUCAAUAAGAACCAUCUAUGAUGGUCCCACAUCCAAAAUAAUACUGAAUAAGCAAAAGCUGGAAGCAUUCCCCUUGAGAACUGGAAAAUGACAGGGAUGACCACUCUCACCACUCCGAUUCAACAUAGUACUGAAAGUCCUAAGCUUAGUGAUCAGGCAGGAUAAAGAAAUAAAAGGCAUAUAUAAAUAGGAAGAGGGGAAGUCAGUUUCUCUUGUAGAAGAUAUAAUUCUGUAUUUAGAAAACCUGUUGUCUCUGCCCAAAGGCUCCUAGAUCUGAUAAACAGCUUCAAAAAAGUUUCAGGAUACAAAAUCUAUGUACAAAAAUUAGUUGCAUUUCUAUACACCAGUAAUGUCCAAGCUAUGAACCAAAUCAAGAAUGGAAUCCUAUUCACAGUAGCCACAAAAAGUAUAAAAUACCUAGGAAUACAGCCAACCAGAUAAGUGAAAGAUUUCUACAAUGAGAAUUACAAAGCAGUGCACAAAGGGAUAGAAACAAUACAAAUUGAAAAAUAUCUCAUGCUCAUGGAUAGGAAGAAUCAGUAUUGUUAAAAUACUGUCCAAAGCAAUUUGCAGAGCCAGUGCUAUUUCUAUUGAACUACCAAUAGCAUUUUUCACAGAAUCAGAAGAAAACAUUCUGAAAUUUAUUUGGAACCAGAAAAGCCCAACCUAAAUAGCAAAAGCAAUCCUAAGCAAAAAGAGCAAAGUUUGAGGUAUCACACUACCCAACUUUAAACCAUACUAAAAGGCUACAGUAAAUAAAACAGCAUGGUACUGGUACAAAAACAGACACAUAGUUCAAUGGAGUAGGUAAGAGAACCCAGAAAUAAAGGCAUAUACCUACAACCAUGUGAUCCUCAACAAAGCUGACAAGCAAUGAAGUAAGAACUUCAUUCAAUAAGUGGUGCUGGCAUAACUGGCUAGCCAUAUGCAGAACAUUGAAACUGGACCCCUAUCCUUCACGUUAUACAAAAA